AUGGAAAGAGCCUUAGGAAUCCACUGGCACAUUGAGUCAGACAGUUUCAGGUUCCAUACCCGGUUGAAGGACCAACCAGAAACCAGGCGUGGUAUACUAUCCACUGUUGCCUCUCUUUAUGACCCACUUGGGCUUAUUGCUCCUUUCCUGCUAACUGGGAAAAGGGUUCUUCGAGAAAUGUGUAGGCAUGGUACAGGUUGGGAUGACCCACUCAUCAGUAAACUGCAACCAGUCUGGAGAUCCUGGAAGAGUGAUCUGGCAAAUUUGGAUAAAAUCACCAUACCCCGAUGCUAUGUACCAGCUGACUUUGGAAAGGUCACAAAGAGAGAGCUACAUCACUUCUCUGAUGCAAGCACGUAUGGUUAUGGCCAGUGCUCAUAUUUGAGACAUGUGAAUGAAAAUGGAACUGUUCAUUGUGCUCUGAUUAUGGCAAAGUCCAGAGUUGCUCCAAUCAAAGCUGUGACCAUCCCCAGGUUAGAACUGACUGCUGCUGUUGUAUCAGUUGCAGCAAGCAAUACUCUAAAGGAAGAACUGGGAAUUUCAGGGAUUGAUGAAUACUUCUGGACAGACUCCAAGGUUGUACUGGGGUACAUUAACAACGAGGCACGUCGCUUCCACACAUUUGUAUCAAAUAGGAUUCAGAAAAUACAUCUCAGUACAACUCCUCAGCAGUGGCGAUAUGUUUCUACUGACAAGAAUCCUGCAGACCUUGCAUCGAGAGGUUCUAGUGCAAGCAAGCUUCUGACAUCGAACUGGUUUACUGGACCCAAGUUCUUAUGGGAGAAAGAGGUAUCACCAGAGGUAAUCCCAGAAAUCCCAGUUGGAGCCCCUGAAGUUAAAAGGGUUCAAGCACUAAAUUUGGAGUCUGCAGAACAAGUGACUCUUUCAGACCGCUUGUCAAAGUUUUCUUCAUGGUGUAAGGUCAAAAAAGCUGUUGCACGAUGUUAA